UGAGCGCAAACUCCUGUGGAAAUUGGAUUGCAGGAUGUCGAUCAUGAUUGUGAUUUAUAUCCUAAACUACAUUGAUAGGAACAAUGCUGCGGCAGCCCGUCUGCGAGGUUUCGAGGAUGAUCUUGGACUUAAGGGACAAGAGUUCAACACUCUACUGAGUAUCCUUUACGUGGGGUAUAUCAUUAUGCAAAUUCCCUCAAAUAUGCUUCUCAACUACAUCGGACGUCCUUCGAUAUAUAUUCCUGCAUGUAUGGUUAUCUGGGGCAUGAUAUCUGUCUUAACGGGAAUCUGUACGAAUUUCGUUGGUGCACUCUUAGCGCGCUUCUUCCUUGGCUUUGUUGAAGCAGCGUUCUUCCCCGGAGCUAUCUUCCUCUUGUCGAAAUGGUAUACUCGAGAAGAGCUUGGAUUGCGCGUCUGCUUGCUUUACUGUGGUAACAUUAUCAGCAAUGCUUUUGGAUCCCUUCUAGCAUCAGGGGUUCUAGAUGGCAUGCAAGGAAAACUGGGCAGGGCAGCCUGGAGGUGGCUUUUCUUCAUUGAAGGCAGCCUAUCGAUCGCAAUUGCAUUGUUAUCUAUGUUCAUCCUCCCGGACUUUCCAACAACGACACGAUGGCUUUCGCCGAUCGAGCGACAGCUGGCACUGCGACGAAUGGAAAGAGACGGCGAUCUCAAUGUCAGUGACCAAGAGGAUCCAGAUGCUCAUGCCAAACAGCGCAGUGGAUUCUGGCAGGCAUUGAGCGACUGGAAAGUAUGGUGGUUGGCGGUGGCUCUAUCAUCCGAAGUCAUCGCGCUGUCGUUCAAUGCUUUCUUCCCGACGUUGACUGCGACGCUCGGUUACAAUACGACUGUGACGCUUAUUCUUGUUGCUCCUCCGUGGUUUCUGGCUGCAAUUGCGGCUUUUCUUGUCGCAAGACAUUCAGAUAAAGUGGGCGAACGAUUCUAUCAUAUAGCUGGUCCUCUUGCUGUAGGCCUCAUUGGGUAUAUAAUAGCAAUGUCAACCAUGAACAUUGCUGCCCGCUAUGUAUCCCUCUUCUUGAUGGCUUUAACAUUCAGUGGGUAUGUUGUGAUAAUGACAUGGGUCAGUAACUCUAUUCCUCGCCCGCCCGCAAAGCGCGCAGUAGCCCUGGCAUUUGUGAGCUGCUUUUCACAAUUGGGCAAUAUUGCUGGAUCAUACAUCUUCCCGAAGAACUGGGGUCCAACUUAUCGCAAAUCGUAUGCGAUCUGCAUUGCGACACAAACUGUUGCAAUUGCUAUGUUCUGGCUAUUCAGCCGGCACCUGCGGACUUUAAAUGCCGCGCUUGAAAGGGUGGAACGGGAGAAAGGUCUGAAGAGAGGGUUCAGGUACUUAUUGUGACCCAACCAUACCAUUGUAGCCAGGACUA